AGGCGGGAGCGCGCGGUCAACAGAGGUCCAGAGCAAAAACGCGGGCGGGGGGCUGGAGAGACAGGUUUAUGUACUGCGUGCAUUCAGCAGGCGGAGCCUCGAGCGCCGAGACCCGGCUUGGUAAGGCCGGGGGCCCGAGAGAGAGCAAGAGAGCACAACCAGGGGAGCAGGAGAGGGAGAAACAGGCUCCCCGCUGAGCAGGGAACCUGAUGCAGGGCUCGAUCCCAGGACCCCGUGAUCAUGACCUGAGCCAAAGGCAGACGCUUAACCACCUGAGCCACCCAGGCGCCCGAGACAUUGUAAUUUUAAUACAUUUGUUUAUUGAGUGACACAGAUGAGAAACAGUAUCUGCUUUCAUUAAAACUUGUUGAGUCAGUUUUUAGUGAAAAAGCAUUGACCUAGGAGCCAAGACCCACCUCUUCACUAAUUUGAUAUUGUGCAAGUCAUCUUACCUCUCUGGAUCUCAGUUGCCUGAUCUGUAAAAAGGAGAUAAAAAUUCUUUACUUAUCUGAAGAUGAGGUGGAGGACCAUCUUACUACAAUAUUGUUUUCUCUUGGUUUCCUGUCUACUUACUGCUCUUGAAGCUGUGCCUAUAGACAUAGACAAGACAAAAGUAAAAAAUAUUCAACCUGUGGACAGCGCGAAGAUAGAACCACCAGAUACUGGACUUUAUUAUGACGAAUAUCUUAAGCAAGUGAUUGAUGUGCUGGAAACAGAUAAUCACUUCAGAGAAAAGCUCCAGAAAGCAGACAUAGAGGAAAUAAAGAGUGGGAAGCUAAGCAAAGAACUGGAUUUAGUAAGUCACCACGUGAGGACAAAACUUGAUGAACUGAAAAGGCAAGAAGUGGCAAGGUUAAGAAUGCUAAUUAAAGCUAAAUUGGAUUCCCUUCAAGAUACAGGCAUAGACCACCAUGCUCUUCUAAAACAAUUUGAUCACCUAAACCACCUGAAUCCUGACAAGUUUGAAUCUACAGAUUUAGAUAUGCUCAUCAAAGCGGCCACAAGUGACCUGGAACACUAUGAUAAGACUCGACAUGAAGAAUUUAAAAAAUAUGAAAUGAUGAAGGAACAUGAAAGAAGAGAAUAUUUAAAAACACUGAAUGAAGAAAAGAGAAAAGAAGAAGAAUCUAAAUUUGAAGAAAUGAGGAAAAAGCAUGAAAAUCAUCCCAAAGUUAAUCAUCCGGGAAGCAAAGAUCAACUAAAAGAGGUAUGGGAAGAGACUGAUGGAUUGGAUCCUAAUGACUUUGACCCCAAGACAUUUUUCAAAUUACAUGAUGUCAAUAAUGAUGGCUUCCUGGAUGAACAAGAAUUAGAAGCCCUAUUUACUAAAGAGUUGGAGAAAGUAUAUGACCCCAAAAAUGAGGAGGAUGAUAUGGUAGAAAUGGAGGAAGAACGGCUUAGAAUGAGGGAACAUGUAAUGAAUGAGGUUGAUGCUAACAAAGACCGAUUAGUGACUCUAGACGAGUUUUUGAAAGCUACAGAAAAAAAGGAAUUCUUGGAGCCAGAUAGCUGGGAGACACUGGAUCAGCAACAGCUCUUCACAGAGGAAGAACUGAAAGAAUAUGAAAAUCUUAUCUCCUUACAAGAAAGUGAACUUAAGAAAAAGGCAGAUGAACUUCAGAAACAAAAGGAAGAGCUACAGCGUCAGCAUGACCAACUUGAGGCUCAGAAGCUGGAAUACCAUCAGGUUGUACAGCAGAUGGAACAAAAAAAAUUACAACAAGAAUUUCCUCCAUCAGGGCCUGGUGGAGAAUUGAAGUUCCAGCCACACAUUUAAAGUCCGAAGUCCACCAGAACUUGGAAGAAAACUGUUAAAUCAACAUCUGUGUCAUCUUUUUACCACCCUUCCUUUUUUUCUGCUCAAUAAAUAUUUUAAAGCAUAUAUGGAAUAAAGGAAGAUACUUUUUAAAUGAGAACACAUCUUUUCAGGACACAGAUAUUUAAGGAUUGAAGUCCACCACAACCAGGAAGAAUACAAACUCAGUAUCUGCUCUGACUUUCAUACCUCUCUUCUUUUUAAUUUGUUCUCCCUUAAUGAUUUAAUUAAGUGGCCAUAAUUAUGCCAUAAUUUAAUGAAACUAUCAGUAACUGUUUAAGUGAAAAAGUUCUGUAUUGCUUUUAAAGUAAAUUAUAUUGUUGUCACUUACUCAUAAAGAUAGUCUUUUAUAGGUGCUUAUCAGCCCCUCUCUCGAUAAAAGUCUCUUUGAUGUUAAUAAUUCUUCUUCUGAGAAGAUCGCACUUUCCCCCAGUGUUUCCUGGUAACUUCUUCCUACUUCCAGAAACCUUACCUGCUAGAAAUUCUUCUACUGAAUAGCUUUUGCUACCACUUCAGAUCAUUUUUUGGUUCAUAUUUUUGCUUUCUACUCUAUUAUUUAAGAUCAGGUUCUGCUACAAAAACCCAGAAAAACCGGGGCGCCUGGGUGGCUCAGUCGUUAAGUGUCUGCCUUCGGCUCAGGUCAUGAUCCCAGGGUCCUGGGAUCGAGCCCCGCAUCGGGCUCCCUGCUCAGCGGGAAGCCUGCUUCUCCCUCUCCCACUCCCCCUGCUUGUGUUCCUGCUCUCGCUAUCUCUCUCUCUGUCAAAUAAAUAAAUAAAAUAUUAAAAAAAAAAAAAACUAGAAAAACCAAAGAUAACAGUGUUUUAAACUAAAUAGGAAUUCUUCCCUCUUCCAUAAAGGAAAUCUGUAGGUAGGUGGUGUCCAGGUUCCUACCUCUCUGUUCUGCUAUCCUCAGUGCAUGGUUUUUAUCCUCAAGUUAUUUCAUUCUCACUGUCCAAGAUUGCUUUUGGAGGCAGUGGGCAAGAGGAGGAAAAAGAACUUCCCCCCCCAGUUGCAUCAGCUUACUGGAUUCAGUGUUCCUGGAGAACCACACAACAUUUUAACUUACAUCUCAUUGGUCAUGUAGCUGCUAGGGAAGUUGAGAAAUCCAUGUGGCAUUGGGACCAGCUAAAAGUUAGGAUCUUUAACUAAAGACGAAGGAGGUCAUGUUUGGUAGGCAACUUUCAAUUUUAACCCAGACAGCUUUAUUGGCUACCUAUAUAUCUGUGUACACUCUUCUGAAACAUAGAAAACACUCACUUGCCCUGCCCCAAAAGGAAAUACCCCACAUCCAAUCCAUUAUUGCAUAUAGCUCAAAGACCAUGAUACCCUUGUAUAGUCCUCUCUGUAAGGUUGGGAUGUGGCACCUAAUGUUCUGGCCAUCUACAAAUAAAAAACAAGGUGUCUGCCUCAUGAGUACCAAAUGCAUAAUGGUGGGAUAGGUACAGGAUAACUGCAAUAAAAUCAACCUUUCAGAAGAGGGGAAAAUAGCAGCCACUGAUCCAUAACACUUAAAAGGUACUGCUUGGCAAAAAUAGCAAGGUCUCUCUGCCCUGUCUGUAAAUAUAUUCCUUGGUUUUCAUAUCAGGCAACCCCUGAUUCACUUUUGUGGGAGGAACUCACUUGUCGAAUGUCCUCAGGGGCCCUUGGCACUGCCUUCUAGGAAGUUUUUAUUGUCCCUUAAUUUUCAAGGACACAUUGUGUGGGCAUUGGAAAGUGUGCUGGUCUUGGUGGCUGGACAGCUUUAGUACUUUACUUCCUGUUAUGGUGGGUUUAGGGGCUUGGGAAUUGUUUUAGAUAGUUAACAGGCUGUUGCAGGCCAGGUUUAGGGUUUGUUUUUGUUUUGUUUUGUUUUUUGGCAAAAAAGUUCCCUAAAAACUUAGUAUGUUUCUGGUCUGUCUUUUUCAAUUAUUACCAUGAGUAACCACAAAGAUCUUGUCAAGACACAGUUUUUAACAAAGAACAUCAUCUUUUACUUGCUGGCUUCUGUGCUCUCUCUCUCUCCCCUUGGGUCUUAAAUGAAUCGUACCUACUUGGGACCAUUUUAAAUUGUAGGCUUGGGUGGGAUGGCAACAAUCCCAGUCUGAUCUCUUUCCUUGGGAUGGCUCCCAUUGCUUGGCAGAAAAUUCUUAAGAAAGGUUGAGGCAGAAAAAGGAAAGGCAGAAAAAGGUUGAGGAAGCUUUAGCAGCUUCCUCAGAACCUUUACUUAUAACUGUUUCAGUUUGGAGUAGCUGACUUUUCCAAUUUCUCAGGGCUCUAGAUUUGGGACUUUGUCGAUUUAUUUCGUAGAGAGCCAUUCCCUCGGCAAAGCUGUAUUCCUUUCCAUCUGUGCAGUCUUGUUACCCUUAGCCUGAGUCCCAUCUCUCCUGUAUGACUUUGCCGAAAGAGGCUAGAAGCAGCCCACAUGCUAACAUUCUGAAGUUCUACCACUACUUCCUCUAAUACCUUAACCUUAGUGGCUUGAGGUCUCACUUCCCAAAGCCCUACCUCCUCAACUAAGCUAACUCCAUAUUUAAGAUCCUUUUACUAGCUGUACCUUACUUCUAGCUACCAAAUUCUUUCUAGGUCAGGAUUCCUGGUUGUAGAUAAUAGGAUCUUCUUUAGCUGUUGAACAGAAGGGGCUUGAUUAAGGGGUGCUUGAUUAAGGGUAACUCACAGAAUCUUUGGGAAGGCAGAUGAAACAGAAUUUAGGCUGAGCUUCAUAGGAACUACAUCACAAGAGUGGGCUGCCAAGGAAGCUGCUGCUUUUGGAACAAUCAAGAAGUUGCCUGCCAGAUCAAGAUGCCUCCUGCUGGAUUAAGGAAGCUGAGAACAGUUGCCAGCUCCAGAACUGUACCACCUCUGCCGUGCUUUGUGUUGGCAGAAGUGGACACCUCGUGUGCUGCCUCUCUCCCCGUGUGACUUGGUUCUGAGCAAAGGUCUCAACUGUGCGGUACAAUGAAGAAGAAGUUGAAACAGAGCCAGAGUUAGAUGAUGAGCUUCAUCGUUGUCAUGUGAGAUUUUUAUCACUUGAAGAACCUGCUAAAGAAGUCCACUUUCACCCUUAACCACUGGUGCCUCACCUUAAUACUUUAGUUCUUUUUUUUUUUUUAAUUGAGAGACUAAGGUGCACUAAGUAAAGUGAAGAGUGUACUUUUUUGUUCCCUGUGGGUGAAAGAAUGAAAGACUGUAAUGACAACUUGCUUUCAAGGUGUGAGAUUAGAGGGAAAUCUGGUCUUUUCCUUGCCUUUUUUUUUUUUUUAACACAAUAUCAUUAUCAGGAUUCUAAUUUUUCCUUACUCACAUUUAAUUUAUUUUUUAUUUUUAUUUAUUUUAUUUUAUUUAUUUAUUUAUUCAUGAGAGUCAGAGAGAGAGAUAGAGAGAGGCAGCGGCAGAGGGAGAAGCAGGCUCCCUGCUGAGCAGGGAGCCCGAUGCGGGACUCGAUCCCAGGACCUGGGAUUGUGACCUGAGCUGAAGGCAGACACUUAACCAUCUGAGCCACUCAGGCGCCCCUAAUUUAUUUUUUAAAUGAGUACUUAGCUAUGGAGUAAUACCCAUUUCUUAGACAAUCCAAGAACUGAGCCAGAACAAGCAGCAGCAGCAAGUGGUAAAGGCACCAAAUUGAAAAAUGUGAAUUUAUGAUUACUAGCACUGCCAACCUCUUUAUUGAGAAAAAGCAAAGCAAAACCAAUAAAACCUUUGACUUAAUUUUAGGUAUUUAGAUUUUCCCCCAAUAUUACCUCUAGAAUUAUAUAGAAAAAGCCCCCUACAUUUGAUUUUUAUAGAUAUCUACAGUUUUUCCUGCAGAGCUUUUAGUUUACAUUUUAACUGGCAUUAGUCGUACUCUUUUUUUAUUGUUAUGUUAAUCAUUACAUCAUUAGUUUUUGAUGUAGUGUUCCAUGAUUCAUUGUUUGCAUAUAACAUCCAGUGCUCCGUUCAAUACGUGCCCUCUUUAAUACCCAUCACCAGGCUAACCCAUCCUCCCACCCCCCCCUCCCCUCUAGAACCCUCAGUUUGUUUUUCAGAGUCCAUCGUCUCUCAUGGUUCGUUUCCCCCUCCGAUUUCCCCCCCUUCAUUCUUCCCCUCCUGCUAUCUUCUUUUUGGCAUUAGUCGUACUCUUGAUGAAUGCCAUGUACCAGCUUGGUUGUUAGUCAGCCCUUGACAGUGUAUUUUUCCCUAUAAGCUUACCCUUCCAUUUAACUUCAGAGCUGUGCAUGCCUUUAAACAAAUUUGAUUUUGUUUAUAAUUUAUUGCAAGCAAUAGAUUUGACUUUUGCUGUGCAAAUUUCCUUAUCUCUUUUUAUUUUAUCCUUGGUAAUAAGUAUAUUUUCUAAGAUUUCCAAGAUUAUGAAUAUAGAUCUUGUAACUAAAAUGUUAAAAUAUUUUAUUUUACAGUUCUUUUAAUUUUGCUGCUCCAUGGAAUUUAAAAAUGGGUAAUGAUUUAUUUCCACAUGAUUUUAAAGCUAUAACUUGUCUGAGUGCUUUAAAAGUGAGAGAGAAGAAAUAAGAUUCCAUCUAGUUCUCUUUGCCUUCUUCCAUGAAUCGUUGUGUUAAAAUGUUAUUUUUGUUCAAUUUUAGUCCACCUUAAAUGUAGAUUUUUAGUGAUAGGAGAGUAUGUGUCAUUUAACUAAAUCCCUGCCCUCAUUUUCGGUUCCUUUUGUGUGGAGUAUGAAAUCCAUGUACAGCCUGUGCCAUAUUCUGUAUUUGUUUUGUACAAUGUUGUUUUACCUACUUUGCUGUUCACUAUUACCCUUCAAUGUGUCUAUCUGUCACUAUUACCCUCAAAGUGAUUUGAGUUUGCUUUACUUUUGAAUUCUUCCCUUUCUGUUCUUGGUAUUGCUUCUUUGUAAAUAUUUCCUUAUUAGUGUGAUGAUGUCUUAUAGAUUUUUUCCUUUUUUUAAAAACAUUUGCCAUGCCUCUUAGUGUUUAAACAUUUUUGUGGUAGUAUUGAAGCAUUUUUGUCAAACACAGCAAUCAUCUUCUUGUUCUAUAGCAUUGAGCAAUGGAUGUUAGAGUUUGUAUCUUAAUUUUUUUUCUGAUUAACUCUCAGUUCUAAUCCCAUAUACAUUUCUUGUUUCCUUUGAUGUGUGUGUAUUUCCACUCCCUUUGAUAUUUAUAGCAUGUUUCAUUGAGAUUCACGAUUGAUAUGGGGAAAAAGAAAAACCACAUUUGCAGAAAGAGCUAUUUCAGCAAGCAGGCAGUCAUUUCUAGAGGGGUAUCCUAGAGCUACUUAGGCAAGCCGCAGUCAUUCCUGGAGGGGUUCCUGAGCACUGUGGAGAGUAACUCUAACCCUAAACAAAAUUUCUGACUUAUGAAUAGGGUUCCUGACUCCUCUUCCACAGAGUGAACCAGCUUAUGGAGCAAAUGCAUAGCAUUCAGACUCUGAUCAAUGUCCCUUGUCCAAUUCUUUAGCUUUUUUGUACUCUCCUUAAGUAAUAAUAGUUUAAAAAAUAUUUUGUGCAUUCCAGCAGACAUUUUCUGCCUUACGGUUGUUAAUAAAGGAAAAAAAAAGUAUUUUUUGUAAUAGAAAGACCAGGACAUGAAUUUUGCAAUCUCUGAUUAGAAGAGAAGUAGCAUAGUUUUUUGUAUUUGUUAUUUUUGCCUGGAUGAUCUGAGUUGUUUUUUGUUUUUGUUUUUUAAGACAUUUAUUUAUUUUAGGGGGAGAGGGGCAUAGGGAGAGAAUCCCCAAGUACAUUCCCUGCUGAGCACCGAGCAGAGGUGGGCUCCAUUCCACAAUCCUGAGACCGUGACCCACUAGACCAGGUCUGGAAACCCAAAGUUGGAUGCUCAACAGACUGAGCCACCCAGGUGCCCUGAUCUGAGCUUUAAUUAAGUUCUUUUCUCUCUAUGAACUCUUCCCUUUUCUACUUUUUGUAUUGACUUUCCCACUGCUGUGUUUCUAAUGCACCUCCUGAGUCAAUGGAGAAAGCUUUGAGUGAUGUAGAAAGUUAUCAGCACCACUGUCAGCUGUCUUAAAGUUUCACUGUCGCCCCUGCCGCUAGCUUUUGGGGUUUACUAUCAGGCCUUUCUAAUGAAUUCUGCCCUUCCCUCACAAUCCCAAACUAUUCAUCUUUUCUCCAAGGGAGUUUAUUGUAUUACCACUAAGGAAGAUGUAGAGGUGACUUUAUUAAAACAGGAUUAAUU